GCCCCAUCAUUCUGGGACGCUGAGCUGGUGGGACUGAACCAUGGCCUGGGCCCCUCUUCUCCUCGUGGUGCUCGCCCACAGCACAGGUUCCCUGGUCCAGGCAGCGCUGACUCAGCCAUCCGAGGUGUCGGCCAACGUGGGAGGCACGGUCCAGAUCACCUGCUCUGGUAGCAGCUACAGCUAUGGCUGGUACCAGCAGAAGGUCCCUGGCACUGCCCCUGUCACUGUGAUCUACUACAAUGACAAGAGACCCUCGGGCAUCCCUUCGCGAUUCUCCGGAUCCAAAUCCGGCUCCACGGCCACGUUAACCAUCACUGGGGUCCAAGCCGAGGACGAGGCUGUCUAUUUCUGUGGUAGCUAUGACAGCAGCAGUGGUGUAUUCGGGGCCGGGACGACGCUGACCGUGAAAGGCCAGCCCACGGUCGCUCCCACCGUCCACCUCUUCGCUCCAUCCACCAAGGAGCUGGAGACGGGUAAAGCCACCCUGGUGUGUCUGAUCGAGGACUUCUAUCCGAGCCGUGUGACAGUGGAAUGGGCGGCUGACGGCAAGACCAUCUCCUCUGGUGUGCAGACCAGCCCGGCCCAGCGGCAGAGCAACAACAACCACUACCUGGCCAGCAGUUACCUGUCGUUGGAUGCCAACGCAUGGCAGAGUUACAAUUCUGUCUCGUGCAAGGUCAGGCACGAGGCUGGAAAUGUGGAGAAGACCGUGAACAGAUCCGAGUGCUACUAACCCACCCCACCAGCCCUUUGCUGGUUCCCUCCCUCCUCCCCGCUCCUGGGAACAGCGGCUCCCCCACCGCAGAUGUCUCUGUCCACAUCCUCCCGUCCCCUCUCCUGUCCCCCCACUGUGAGUGUCACAUAAAUAAACACCGACACUGAACUAGCGCUGGCUCAGCA